AUGCUUAAAUUUGUGAUUGUUAUUUUAGUUUCGUUUGUGGCCGUUUCCGCUGCCACAAAUGUUAAGAAGUGUAAAAAUGGCCAACCUUUUCCCUUAAGUGUUGAGGUAGAAGGAUGUACAGAGCCACCAUGUGAUGUUAUCAAAGGCACAACAGCCGUUAUGGAUGUACAUUUUGUGGGAACCAAAAAUGAUAUAAGCUCCUUGAAUGCCAAAGUACGUGCCACCGCCUUGGGCAUUACUGUUCCCUACGAAUUACCCGAGGAUGUAGCUGAUGUUUGUUCAAAUUUGUUGGAUGGCGCCACUUGUCCCAUAAGCAAGGAUGAAGACGUUGUUUAUAAAUUCAAUUUCCAUGUUGACUCUUCCUAUCCUGAAAUUCCUGUAGCUGUUGAGGUUUCUUUGAAUGACGAAAAUAAUGAAUCUGUGGCAUGUUUCAUUUGUAAUAUUAAAGUUAAAAAGGGUGCCACCAAUUAA